GGUUUCAAUGUCCAUAGCAUGCUUAAACAUGUUUAACAAUUAGAAACAAUUGGCAUUGUUUUGCAGCACCAGUGGUAGUAGCAGCAGCUGAGUAGUUGUACAACUUCCUCGCUUCUUCCUCUCUCCAUGGAUCCUAGGAUUUCCUUCUCCAAUGACUUUGCAGACACUCAACAAGCCAUCAAGCAUGAAGCCAUCUACCGAGAAGCGCCAGUUUCUGCAGAUUUCGAGUUCUCUGUGAACAACUUCGGGAUGAUAGCUGCGGAUGAAGUCAUAUUUCAGGGCACAUUGUUGCCCUUGAAGGACAAUGGUGCCAACCAGGGAGGGAAGACUACUCUAAGGGAUGAGUUACUGGCUGAGGAUGAUUAUAGUGACAGGUUUUCGAGGCCAUCAAGGAGUCUAAGCCGGUGGAAGGAACGAUUGGGACUUAAGAGGUCUCAGAUUGUUCCAAAGAAAACAGAUAGGAGUACUCAUGGGGGUCUGGAAAGCAUAGUGGAAGAGAGGAGGCAUGUGUUUGUUCAUGAGGCUAUACUUAUUAGCAAGGAAACCUAGGAAAUUCUGUGUGAAAAAAGGAGGAUUGAGUUGCAGAAAUGAUGGGAUCUGAUGCAUGAUGUGA